CAAAACAAAUCAAAAAGAAAAUUAUUCAUAAAGCAAAAAUAAAACGAAACUUUUACAAAACUUUGGAAAAAGAAGGAACAAAUUUAGAAACACCCACAUUUUAUCGUGAAAUUUUUGAAGGGAAUAAUAAUUCAUUUGAUCAUGAUACAAAAAUUGAAAAAAAUCAAAAAGCAAAAGAUAUGGAUGAUAUACCUUCACCUAAUUAUCUAAAAGAUAAAUGUGAAAAAGAAAUAUCCUUAGAUCUUAAAAGAAAAGACAUAAAGGUUCUUCAGGAACGAGAACGAAUUCAACGAGAAAAACUUGCCGAAAAAGAAGAAAUACAACUACAUAGGCAAAAAAAGAAAGCUUAUUAUGUCGAACGUAAUAGAAUGAAAAAAAGACUUAUGAAAUGUAAUUCUAAAGGGCAACCUUAUAUGAAAUCUCGAAUUGAUCAAAUAUUGUCAAAAAUCAAAGAAAAAUACUAA